AUGCUUAUAUAUCGUUUAAUAACAAUUGUACUAAAACUAAUUCGAAUACGAAUAAAAUAUACGCGUCUAGAACUUAUUGGUUUAAUGAUUUUUAUUAGUCUUUUAUUAAAUAUUUUUUCUCUUAAUUAUAUUUUUCAAUGUUCAUCAUUAGAAAAUCAUAAGAAACCAUUAUCUUUUAUUUCAAAAUCGAAAGAUUUAAAUAAUGAUCAAAUAAGUACAAUUGAACGAUCUCGAAUAGCACUUGAAAAACUUAAAAUCUUGCUAAAUAGUGUUAUAUCUUCAAAUGACCAACCAUGGAUUUGGUUACCAACAUCAGAAUAUCCUUCAGUACCUUAUCAACCAACAUCAUUAUUAAAUAAACAUAUUCCUAAAGCAAUACAUAAUACUAAAAUAAUACCACAUGCCGUAAAAACCGAAAUUAAUCGCGUAUGUCAACGAUUGAAUAAAGCUAAUAAAAUCCGCGGAGAAAUUUGGUGUAAAUUAUUUACAAAAUCUUAUGCAGAUACAUUAACUACAACAACCACACUACUCGAUGAUAAUACAACUUAUAUAAUAACGGGUGAUAUUGAUCUUAUGUGGUUACGUGAUAGUAGUGCUCAAGUUCAUCAAUAUAUGACUAUAUCAAAUGAUAAAGAUAUUCAACGUAUAAUUGAAGGUCUUAUUCGUCGUCAAACACAAUUUAUUUUUUAUAAUCCUUAUGCUAGUUCAUUUCGUUUAACACUUCGUCCAAAUCCUCCAUCAGAUGAUUCUCUAGAACCAAAUCAUGUUCAAAAAGGUCGAAAUAUUCAUGUUGCUAUGCAUAAUUAUGAAUUAGAUAGUUUAUGUUAUUAUUUACGUUUAAGUUAUACAUGGUGGAAACAAACUCAACGAACAAAUGCAUUUAAUCAACAAUGGUUAAUUGCUGUUCGAAUUAUAAUACAAAUUAUGAUUAUUGAACAACACCAUUCAGAAAUUUCACCUUAUCGUUAUACAGAAUUAGAAAAUAAUCAUCAAAGUUCACGUGUUUCAUAUACAGGAAUGACAUGGAGUGGAUUUCGACCAAGUGAUGAUCAAACUACAUAUGGUUAUCUUAUUCCGAGUAAUAUGAUGGCAAGUGUAGUUUUAAAACAAUUAUUUCAAAUGAUUAAAAAAAUAUUUCCCGAACAAAUCGAACUUUUGAAACAAAUCAAUCAAUUACGUAUAGAUAUUCUCUCAGGUAUUCAUACAUAUGGAAUAGUUAAUCAUGAUAAAUAUGGUCAAAUAUAUGCAUAUGAAACAGAUGGUUUUUCUCAAAGUUUACUUCUUGAUGAUGCUAAUGUACCAUCACUUCUUUCAGCAUCUUAUCUUGGUUUUAAAACACCUUAUGAUCCACAAGAUCAAUUAAUAACAUCAACACGUAAUUUUAUUUUAUCAAAAGAUAAUCGUUUAUUUUAUCAAGGUCAAUAUGCAUAUGGAAUUGGCAGUCAUCAUACAGAAGUACACAAUGUUUGGCCAAUGUCUAUUAUUAUGGAAGGAUUAACCAAUGCAACCAAAAAAAAUCUUGAUAGUGUUUGGCAAAGAUUAGAAGUAAGUCAUGCUGGAACAUUUUCUAUGCAUGAAAGUUUUAAUGUGAACAAUCCGAAACAUUUUACUCGUCAAUGGUUCGCUUGGGUUAAUUCACUUUUUGCUGAAUUAAUUCUAGUUCAUUUAGAUGAAUUAGAAAAUUGGUUGCAAAAUCGUCGUUCAGAUUAA